AUUGACUCAUCUCCUCUCUUGUUUCUCCUCCUUCCAUUCGAUCCACCGCCGUCAAAAGCGGGGCAAUCCUCUUGUGCUUAUUGACAUCUGCACUCUUCCCCCCCCCCCUCAUGGCUAUCAACGGUACCUCGCAGGAGGGUGACUCCCGCCUGCUGAUCGUGUCUAACCGCCUGCCCAUCACCAUCCGACGGUCCGGGCUUGGAAAAUAUGAGUUUUCCAUGUCCUCGGGCGGGCUGGUGACUGGGUUGAGCGGACUAUCAAAGACGACAACCUUCCAGUGGUAUGGCUGGCCAGGACUGGAAGUGCCGGAGGACGAGAUCGACGCGGUCAAACAGCGUCUGCAAGACGAGUUCAACGCGACUCCCGUCUUCAUGGACGACAAGUUGGCGGAUCGUCAUUACAACGGUUUCUCCAAUUCAAUCCUGUGGCCUCUGCUGCACUACCAUCCUGGCGAGAUCGUGUUUGACGAAGCUGCCUGGGAUGCCUAUCGUGAGGCCAACCGGCUCUUCGCUAAGACCAUCGCCAAUGAGGCCCAGGACGGUGACCUGGUCUGGGUCCAUGAUUACCACCUCAUGCUUCUCCCGGAGAUUCUCCGCGAGGAGCUGGCGGCGUUGGGCAAGAAAAGCAUCCGCAUCGGAUUCUUCUUGCAUACCCCUUUCCCUAGCAGUGAGAUCUAUAGAAUCCUCCCUGUGCGCAGUCAGCUCCUGCGUGGGCUGCUGCAAUGCGACUUGAUCGGGUUCCAUACCUAUGACUAUGCGCGCCAUUUCUUGAGCUGUUGCUCGCAUAUCCUUGGACUGGUCACGACCCCAAGCAGUGUCAAAUUCACGGACAGAUCUGUCGCUGUCGGGGCCUUCCCCAUUGGAAUUGACCCCGACAAAUUCACCGAAGGUCUCAAGAGCCCGAAGGUGCUGAAUCGCAUCGCAAGUCUUGAGAACAAGUUUCAAGGCAUGAAAUUGAUGGUCAGUGUUGAUCGCCUUGACUACAUUAAAGGUAUCCCCCAGAAGCUGCAUGCUUUGGAAGUCUUCCUCUCUGCGCACCCCGAGUGGGUCGGUAAAGUUGUGCUGGUGCAGGUUGCCGUUCCCAGUCGGCAGGAUGUGGAAGAGUAUCAGAACUUGAGAGCGGUGGUAAACGAGCUGGUUGGUAGGAUCAAUGGAAAGUUCGGAACGGUGGACUACAUGCCCAUCCACUUCAUGCACAAAUCCGUGAGCUUCGACGAGCUCAUCGCUUUGUAUGCUGCCUCGGACGCGUGUGUGGUGUCGUCGACUCGCGACGGGAUGAACCUAGUGUCGUUUGAAUACGUCGCGACCCAGCAAAACCGCAAGGGCGUUCUAAUUCUGUCCGAGUUUGCUGGGGCCGCCCAGAGUCUGAACGGGAGUAUCGUGGUCAAUCCAUGGAAUACCGAAGAGCUUGCCGGCGCAUACCACGAGGCCGUCUCGAUGGACGACGGCCUACGGGCGCAAAAGUUCGAAAAGCUCUACAAAUACAUCUCCAAAUACACGAGUGCCUUCUGGGGCAAAUCGUUCGUUGCCGAAUUAUCCAAGUGCCCAACUUAAUCGCCCUAGUCGGGCUUAGAUAUUCUCUCUUUUCUGGAUCUUUCUCGUCCCUUUCUUUUUGGCGAACACGAGCAUGGCGAACAUAAAUUCAGGUGCAUAGCGACCUUUCUAAUCCAUAGACGAGUACCAUUGGUACAGCAAGCGAUACAGCAUAAAUCAAGACCUUGAUAGAUGCCACCGACGACUACUUGGACAGAUUAGAAACAACCUCAACCAUAAUAAUAAAUAAUAGUCAAACUAGAUAGUAGAUACGAAUACAAUUAACAAACAAGUUCAAUCA